UCGAUGAUGCACAGCCCGCGCAUACAUUUGUGAUACAAGGGUCGAUUGGCAAGCCCAGGUCGGAUGUUUACAUAGCGACUCUGGUCCAGAGCAGCGGGUAUUUCUAUUUAAAAUCUUUAUUUUCCACUACAGUUUGAUGAUAGGUUCAGUUUUCUUGUAUUAAAGCUCACCGGUUUGUCAGGAGUCAUGUCGGCGGGGCUGUGUUAGGGCUGCGGGCUGCUGUUGUUCACACUGGCUGGCAAGUUGAAGCCACCGUCGGGUGGCCCCUGGCAUGUGGCAGCUGGUGAUGGUCAAACCUGGGAAACCACUCGGCUUGAGCUUCACCCCGGGUGUCUCUGAGUGCUUAACCCGACUCUGACUCCCGGAAAUGCCACCCAACAAGCGGAUACAGAAGAAGACGCCGCUGGAGUUGGAGUGUGAAUGGGGCUCCUGCCAGGACUCGUUCAGUCGGAUGGAGAACUUCUGCAAGCACGCCGAGGGUCACCUUAACGCCCUGAACAUGGCGGAGGAGGACGAGGAUGAAACAGUAGGGGAACACAACUGCCUGUGGAGAGACUGUGGCUUCUGCUCUGUGGAGGGCCCUGAGGAGAUGCGGCGGCAUCUCUUCUUCCACUGUUACCACACCAAGCUAAAGCAGUGGGGUCAGCAGGUGCUUAACCGCCAGCCCAUGGGUACCUGCUCCAUUGGCUACCAGAAUCGCAACAUCAUCCCUGAAAUCCCAGACAGCUUCACCUGCCUCUGGGAGGAAUGUGAGCAACCUCCAUAUGAAAACCCUGAGUGGUUCUACCGCCAUGUGGAGAUGCACAGUCUGUGUAUAGAAGUACCAGCUGGAGAUGGUGAAUGCUUAAUACACUGUGGAUGGAAAGACUGCGAAGCCACCGUCAAAGGGCGUCCGAAGCUGCGGGAGCACUUGCGCAGCCACACCCAGGAGAAGGUGGUGGCCUGCCCAAGUUGUGGGGGGAUGUACGCCAACAACACUAAAUUUUUUGACCACAUCAAACGACAGAGUGCAACGGAAGGUCAGCGGUUCCAGUGCUCUCACUGCUCCAAACGUUUUGCAACAGAGAGGCUACUGAGAGACCACAUGAGGACCCACGUGAACCACUACAAAUGUCCGUUAUGUGACAUGACCUGUCCAUCACCCUCGUCACUGCGCAACCAUAUCAAGUUCCGCCACAGCAAUGAGAAGCCGUACAGCUGUGAAUACUGCGAGUACAGCUGUAAGAAUCUGAUGGACCUGCGUAAACACCUGGACACCCACAGCAGCGAGCCAGCAUAUCGCUGCGACGUUCCCGGCUGCGACUUCAGCUCUCGCACUCUGCGCACCAUGAAGAUUCACCUCAAAAGAGAACAUGAAGGGGAUUUUGUAGCCCGCUACAAGUGUCAUGUGUGCGAUCAGUGCUUCACCAGAGGCAACGCCCUUACAGUCCACCUGCAGAAAAAGCAUCAGUUCAAAUGGCCUUCUGGACACCCGAGGUUCAGGUACAAGGAGCACGAGGACGGCUUCAUGCGGCUGCAGCUGAUUCGAUACGAGAGCGUGGAGCUGACGGAGCAGCUGAUGAGGGAGAGGCAGGGGGAGGAGGACGAGGACAACAGCCACACCGAGGCCCUUGGGCUCGGGGAGGAGGCGGCAACAGCACCCUCAGAGAUACAGGUGGAGCUGCACGGAGUGCUGCUGGAGGAGCAGAGGACUGAGGAGCCGACUGAGGGCGUUGUGGAGGGGCAUCAGGAGGAUGGCAUGCUCUAUGUUCUCAGCGGGGGCCUGGCACAAGCAGGGGAGGACGCCGUGAUGCUGCAGCUUCAGGACACUGCAAACCAGCUGGGAAUGCAGGUGGUCUGACAGCCACAGCAGCCCUGCACACACACACACACACACAAACACACACAGGACUUUGUGUCCUCCGUGAUGCCAUUACUGGACUAACACAGCAUGAGGGCUCCUGGACCUAACUGAAACAAAAGCUGUAGUUCAGGAUUCAAAAAGAAAGUGAGGCACGUAGAAAAUCAACUGAAGCGUUUAAAUAACAGAACUGAUCAGCUGAGACAAUGAUGAUCCAUCUUGAUUGUAAGCCUAUAUUAGGUGAGAAAUAUGCUUUUAUUUAUUUGUUUGCUAAUGCAGAGCCUUUGGAUUUACUGUUGACCAAUAAUUUUAAAUCAUUUUCUAUUCACUCGUUUUAUCUCUUGUUAAAACUUCCUAGAUACUGGAGUGCUAAUAACGCUUCACUGCAAAUCAGAUAUUCAUUCUCUUUUAGGUACAGAGGUUGACUAAAGCCUGUGCCAAAUUUUCACCUUAUUCAAAUCCUUGCCCCCUCUUGGUGAGGGCUGAAAGGUUGAGGAAAGUGAGAGAUAUGUCAUUCAUAUCCAUAUAUUUUUUUUUCUUUUCUUGCUGUUUAUUCAGUGGUAAUUAAAAAGGUUUUUGUGACAAAAUGUUUGUAAAACUAUAUUUGAAAUUGAUUUUGCUUAAAUCUGUGUUCCUCAGAUAGAACAUGCACUGUACUACUUAAAUUUCACAAAUUGGUAAGUUGCAAUAGCACAUUCGUUUAUAUGACAGGCAGGUUCACGGGAUCCAUAUGUUUCUGACACACAAAGUAUAAACUGCUCGACAGAAUAGGAAAUGUUCCAGUGACUUCACAGCUCCUUUGUACUUGCCACCUUUGUACAGCUUGCCUUUCUUCAUGUGCAUGCUGGGAAAAAAAACUUGAAGGUGCCCUUGUGUUCUUACUUCAUUCAUGAACAACAAAUUAACUCCUAGUGGGCUCGCAAUACAAACUUCAUUCCAUUUGUCAAACUGAUGUGCCGAUCAAUCAAUUAUUGUUGUUUUCCUUUGAGGAGCUGUACGGUGAUCAAAGAGCCUUUGGCUUCCCUUUUGUAAGUUAUGAACUCUACUCAAGUUCAUAACUUCAUAAUACUCAAUAUUAUAUAUGUGCUGAUAUAAAUCAGUUAAUCUUGCAGCAGAGUUUUCCGUUUUACUUUAAAAAAUGCCUACUCCUGAUUGACGGCACGACUUCAGUCACAUUUUAAGACCCUGCUCAAAAGAAUUUGAGUCCAGAGUCCAAGUUAAACUAUUCCAUACAAUUUUCAGGUUAUAGAAGCUUUACUAGUUCCUUCAACAUUAUUUGUUAUAGUUUUUGUUGUAUUGUAUAUUUUGGCAGAGUGUCUUUGAGUGAGCGAGUUCUGGUGUCUUAUUUUAGGUGACUGCAAGGAAUUAGCUUGAUUUAAAGUUACACUUGCGUUAUGGCGCCCCCUGCUGAGUAAUUACUGUCCAAUUGCUGAUUUGUGUAGAAAUUGAGUUUGGGUAGACUGCUUUCUCUCUCUCUCUCUCUAUCUCUCUCUCUCUUUCUCUCUCUCUCUCUCUCUCUCUCUCAGUUUCCUCUCUCUCUCAGUUUCCUAUGUUAGGAGAGUAACAACACCAGUGAUGCUAUAAUGAUUCAAGGAAAAUACAAAUAACGCAUUGCAAUAGAAAUAGUCUAUACUCUAAAGUUGGUUUGUAACAAAUUGCAAUUAUUCAAGUGACUGCCCAAUGCAGACUGCUUUCAAGUGAGCUCAUAGUCCAUCUUACUGCAGAACAUAUGGCUCCUAUAAAGUGACUCAAAAUUAUGAAUGAAAGUUGUGGAACUUAACACCACAACUGUGUGUGUGUGUGUGUGUGUGUGUGUGUGUGUGUGUGUGCAUUUGUCAGAGUGUGAAACAGCGUGGGUACACUAGAGGCUAAUCCACUUAGUGAGACUUUCAUCCAGAUGGAUGAAAAUUCCUUGCUUCCUCUGAUGACCAGAUGGAGACAAUAAGACAGAGUUUUCAGGAUCGUAGUGUUUUUAUCGCUCUACACAGCUUAAAGGUCUAUAAUGUAAGGGCUUGGACAGCAAACAGACAACAAAAAUCUGCUUAACAAUACAGUGUAAUCUUCUUCCCUCCUUUAUCAUUGUUCUACCUUGCUUUGCCACAGUGUGAUAUAGUGGCUUUGGCUGUGUUUAAAAGAUUAGGCGGCACAUGGAGCUUAGUGUAAGCGUUAGUCUCUGCUCUCUGCUUCUUCAUUCUGCAGUCGGGGAACUCAUGGACAGUAACCCAGCACCACAGGUAUGCCUUCUAGUGGCUUCACAGGUCUCAAUUUUGCAGGAAUGAUGCACAGAGUAUCACUUGCCAACAAAAUGAUUGUGGCUUACAGUUGUCCGAUAUGAGCAAAUAUUCAUCUGCAGUUUUCCAUGGGAACAGUGAUUGCUGCAGAAGACGGGCAUCAUGAGAUUAUUUACUCUGCUGCUACUGUUGGGGUCCUUGCACAGAGUGUUCACUCAGUCCCCUUCUCCUGAAUCGACAGGAGAAGGGGAAGGCAGUGGUAAGAUCUAUUGUGUAUUUAAUGCAGUGUUUUUCCAUAUGUGUUCAUUUUAUGUGCCGUAUUCUCUGUGUGUACUAUGUUUUUAGCUUUUCAUACGUGCCUCAGGUGACCAUUCAUUUUUUUAAAUAUUACCUGUUGCAUAAUGUCCUUUAUAAAGCAUUUUGUGACCUAUGUCUGUGUAAAGUGCUAUACAAAUAAAUUUUAUUUACUCAACAUCUAAUACAUCAUAUAGGGAAAGGUGAUGUAUUAAUAUUGAUAUUGUGAUGAGAAACUACAUAUCAUCUGGGAUUUGGGAUAUCAUAAUAUCAUGAUAUGGCAUUAAGUGUUUUCUUUUCCUG